AUGGAAACAGUUGAUUCUUUUCGACAUUUUGUACAAUCCUGUCCACACAUUGACGGCCAUGCGCAUAAUUUGUUAAAAUCCAAUGUAGCGUGUGAACUGUCCUCAUUAUCGACGGCCAGCGAGCCAAGUGAUGACACAUUGAUCCAUCGCAACAGGCCAUCUCUGUCAUCCCUGCGGGCUUUCAAUAAUAUCUCUGAGCUCUAUGGACUCUCCCGCUGUUCUCCUUCCGAGCAGCAAUUGAAUGACACACACAAACAAUUGGUUCGCCAAGACUAUGAAGGCCUCAUUAGGACAUGUCUCAAAGGCACGCAUACACUCAUCCUUGACGCGUCUUUGCCUUUAGACUCUGAGGUCGACAGUGAGGAUCAGGAACCCUAUAAUUGGCAUGACCAAUUUACCACAUCGCCAACUUCACGCGUUUUGCGUAUCGAGACAAUGGCCGAGUCUCUGCUUGUUGAUAUAAUGAGCGAAAACCGCGUGGCAAAUGAAUCAGUGUGGAGCCUGUUUCGCCGGAGAUUCCGAGAAGCUUUGUCUACUGCCAUUCAGGAUACGAGUAUCGUUGCAUUCACAACUGAUAUUUGUUCGCGUACAGGUCUGGACAUCGAUCCCCACACAGCAGGGGAUGAUAUUCUGACCGCUUCGCUGUAUCGCACCCUUGAUUUAGGGACCAGAAGUUCUGGAUACUAUAUAGAAGACAAGCCUUUGAAUGAGUGGUUGGUGCAGCAAACACUCAACAUUCCAAGGGCAAAACCUCUUCAGUUCCAUGGGGGCUGGUCAAAAGAACCGUCAACCGUUCCAAAUAGGCUCUACAGUUUGCCUGCUCCCAAGCCAACUCCAGCCCUUCUUGAGCCUCUGAUCGCUAAUCAUUCAGACGGACCCAAGAUUGUACUGAGUUUGGCCUAUCCUUAUGCGAGGGAUGCGGCGUAUCUGGCAUCCUAUUACAGAAAUGUUUAUCUGGAUCUAGGCGAGGUUUUUCCUAGGGUCAGUCGUGAAGGUCAAGAAAAUUUCCUCAGAGAAUGUCUGGAAGUAGCACCGACCACUCAGCUGCUCUGGAGUAGCAAUGGAAUUUGGCAACCAGAGUCCUUUUGGUUAGCCAAUAAGCAGUUUCGGCAAGCCCUUGAAACGGUACGUUUGAAAGCUCAUGGUGGGAGUUAUAUGUUACUAAACAAUGAUUCUGAUAUAGGUUCUUGUUGA